CAUUUUCCUACUUCCACACGGAGCGGGAUCCAACCCCUUGUGAAACUGAGACAUUCCCAGAUCUGGUCCUGUCCAUAUUUUGACCAAGUGACUGGCCCAGAAGCGGGUAAUAGGAAGAAAAAAAAAAGAUGUUUCCAGAUAUAUAAGAAACAAACAAACACUUCAUAAGAUAAUAAAGCAUGAAGAUGUUUGCAGUUUAUCUCUAUACAACAUUGUUACUGCUCUCCAGUGUAUCUCAUGGCGCAGUGUUCCUACAGCGCCAGAGAGCUCACCACAUCCUAAGGAAGCGUGCCAAUCAGUUCAUGGAAGAAAUACGUCCUGGCAAUCUAGAGCGGGAAUGCUAUGAAGAGGCCUGCUCCAAAGAGGAGGCUCGGGAGAUUUUCAAGUCCCAGGAGAAAACUACAGAGUUUUGGUACCAUUAUAAAGAUCUCAGUCCCUGCAAAGAAAACCCAUGCCAAAACGGAGGAAUAUGCCAACAGUACCACUACACUUACACAUGUCUGUGUCCUCCAAAAUAUAAUGGGAGACACUGUGAAAAUGAGCGUUAUGAAUGUUGGUAUAAGAAUGGAGGCUGCUGGCAGUACUGUACGGACACUACUCAGAGUGUCAGCUGCUCCUGUGCACUGGGGUACGCUCUACAGGAGGAUGGCAAAAAAUGUGCCAAGUCUGCUCAAUUUCCUUGUGGUUUGACAGCCAGUUCAACACGUUCCCUAUUCGAUCCUAUUUCAGACAAUCCUUCCUUCUCUAGUGAAGGAAACAUGGGUAAUGAGAAUGGAAGAAUACUCCAGGGGAGAGACAAUGCAAUGGCUCACGGUAGUAAUGAAACUGAGGAAAAUCGAACUGACACUCCACAUUCCAGUGCCGGGACAGGGAAGGAAAGGGAUGAUUUUGAGAAAGAAGCCAGCAAUGGUAGCACAGCUUUUCCAUCUCUCCACAGUACAAACGGAUCAACUGAAAUCAAUCCUAAUAUUGAAUUAGACUGGACACAUAACAAGACUGAUUCAUCUGAGAGGCACAGUAGGAAUGAGAGUGCUGAAUCUGUACCCAACAUAAAUAGCUUGGGGAACAGUCUGAAUGAGACAACAGAAAGUCGGCAGGUGGAUGGGAAUGCUUGGAUUCACGAUAUGAAUAGAACUUCAACAAAAGAUCCUGAUACUGAAAUACUCAGUACAGUUGUGGGGGAUUUACCAGCUGAGACAGGGGGAAGGAAUGAAACAGAAUGGAGGCAAGGUGAUGUUCCUACUGCUGAAAAGAGGCCUAUUAAUAGGACCAGCUUAGAUCUUAAUGAGAUUGGUGGAUCUGUACGAGCUUCCAGAUCUGGGACUAUGAAGUCAGCUUGGGAAGAGAACUAUGAGCAGGCCUCAGUGGAGCCUGAUUAUUAUACAUCCGAUGGGAACGUUCGCAUUGUUGGAGGGAUGCGCUGUGAACUUGGCCAGUGCCCCUGGCAGGUUCUAAUCCGUAACAGCCGUGGGUCUGGUUUCUGCGGCGGAAGCCUGAUCAGCAGUCGGUGGGUACUUUCUGCUGCACACUGCUUUGAAAGCCAAACGGCCCAUCAUGUUACCAUCGGGGAUUAUGACACAUACCGCCGAGACAUGGAUGAACAGAAGAUUGCUGUGCUCCAGGUGUUUCCCCAUCCACAUUUCCUGGCAGAGUUCUAUGACCACGAUAUUGCUCUGCUGUUCCUGCGUAGUCCUGCUUUUUUUGGUGAAUAUUCUCGACCUAUUUGCUUGCCCAGCCCAGGACUUGGAAACAUGCUAACUCAGGAGGGACAGACGGGGCAAGUGAGUGGUUGGGGAGCUACUCGACAGUUUGGUCCCUACACUCGGUUUCUGCUGAAAGUACGACUGCCGAUUGUGAGCCAAGAUACAUGCAUGGCUUCCACAGAAAAUAUAUUGACCGGAAACAUGUUCUGUGCUGGAUACAAGGAAGGUGUAAAGGAUGCAUGUAGCGGGGACAGUGGUGGUCCAUUUGCAGUUUUAUUCCAUGACACCUGGUUCCUUGUGGGAGUGGUGAGCUGGGGCGAUGGCUGUGCAGAAAAAGGAAAGUACGGGGUGUACACAAGAGUAGGCAAUUAUAUCGCAUGGAUAAAGGAGACAAUCAUGGAGAUUGAGGAGGGCGAGGAGUCGUUAGUCAGCACAUUACAAUAGCUACUUAUUCCUGUAACAGAGGUCUCGAUAAUCCCAAGUAACUGUUCAAAGGCAGUAACGUAUGUGAUCUCAUGCCUGUACACUAUAUAGAGCUGACUAAAGAGCAGCUUCUGAGAUAUCAAGUGCCGUGGCCCUCGUACAUUCAUGGACACUUACACAUUGUCAUUUUACAAAUGUUACUUCCUCUGCCCUUUAUAUUUUGAAAGCUAUUAAAGGAGAACUAAACCCUCCAUGGUGAUAAGUCCCCACUGGCUCCCCUCCACUGCCCCCCCCCUGCACAG